AUGUCAACUACUGUAUCUCAAAAAUAUGUUUUUGAAUCGCCGCCUCGGGGUUUUCGUAAGAUCAUAUUAUCCACAAACAUAGCAGAGACUUCAGUUACCAUAGCCAAUGUAGUUUAUGUUAUUCAUAAUGACAGGAAGAAAUUAAAAGAAUUCGAUGCAGAAAAUAACAUUGGACCUCUUAAUGAAGAAUGGGUGGAUCAAGCAGCAGAAUUUAAAAUUAAAAUUAUGGAAUCUCAAUCAGCAUUAAAAAAAGAAUUAGAAAAAGUUAAAAUGGAGAAACAAGAUGCAUUAGAAGAAAAAGACGACUAUAAUGAAAUGGCGGAGACUUUAGAAAUUUCUGAAGUGAAAGCAGAAACACUUCAAUUAGAAUUAGACCAAGCAAAAGAGCGUAUUGAGGAAUUAACAGUAGAUUUAGAACUCUUAAAGGCUGAGUUUGAGAAAGGAAAUGUAAGUGAAGAGGGAGGAGAUGGUGUCAGUUCUUUCAAAGUCAAGCAACUUGAACAACAAAAUGUACGUCUUAGAGAUACACUAUUCAAAUUACGAGACUUAUCCGCCCACGAGAAACACCAAACACAAAACUUACAAAGAGAAAUCGAAGAAAUGACCAAACAAUGUAAUGAUUUACAAAAGUCUAAUGAAGAACUAGCAUCUCAAGUUAAUGAUUUGCAUGAAAAGGUUGAUGCAGCUUUAGGAGUAGAGGAAUUAGUUGAGCUUCUAGGUUAA